AUGCCUUCCCGCUCACACGCCGAUCUCCUCUCCCUCAUUUCCCCCCCACCUCCCCCCCAAUCUCCCCGGCUCCCCCGAGUCCUGAACCUCCCCGGCGUCCUCUCCGACUCCGAAACCGAUCCCUCAUCCCCCUCAUCUCCCGCCCAGCGCCGCAUCAUCGUCACCAAUCACCUCCCCCUCCAAACCCGCCGUCACCCCUCCGGCGACCUCUCUUUCUCCUGGGACACCGACGCCCUCUGCUUCCACCUCCGCACCGGCCUCCCCUCCUCCACCUCCAUCAUCCACGUCGGCACUCUCCGCGCCGAUAUCGACCCCUCCGAACACGAUUCUGUAGCCCAUCAUCUCUUCGAGGAAUUCAAGUGCGUUCCCGUCUUCCUCCCCCCUGAUCUCCACCAACGAUUCUACCACGGUUUCUGCAAACACUAUCUCUGGCCUCUGCUGCACUACCUCCUCCCCCUCUCCCCUGCCUCCCUCGCCGGAAUUCAAUUCGACCGCCGCCUCUGGCUCGCCUAUCUCUCCGCCAACAAGCUCUUCGCCGACCGCAUCACGGAAAUCCUCUCUUCCGACCAUGAUUUCGUAUGGGCUCACGAUUACCACCUCCUCGCGCUCCCCACUUUUCUCCGCAAACGCUUCCCGCGCAUAAAGCUCGGAUUUUUCUUCCAUUCCCCUUUCCCUUCCUCCGAAAUCUUCCGCACCUUACCGGUUCGAGAAGAGCUCCUCCGUGCUCUCCUCAACGCCGACCUCCUCGGCUUCCAUACCUACGAUUACGCCCGCCAUUUUCUCUCCUGCUGCUCUCGGCUCCUCGGCCUCGACUACGAGUCCAAGCGAGGAUAUAUUAGGCUGGAUUAUUACGGCCGAACAGUGACGGUCAAGAUUCUUCACGUUGGCGUCGACAUGGGACAACUCGAAGCGACGCUUAACUGCACCGAAACCAAAUCAAAGGUAACGGAUUUGAUGAACAGGUUCAAAGAUAAGAUCUUGCUUCUCGGUCGUGAUGAUAUGGAUAUAUUCAAAGGCAUCAGCUUGAAGUUUUUGGCAAUGGAGCAGCUACUGGAGGAACAUCCUAAGCUCCGCGGCCGAGCUGUACUGAUUCAGAUUGCAAACCCACCUAGAAGCCAGGGGAAGGAUAUUCAAGAGAUGCAGGAAGAAGCCCAUUCUAUCGCUAAAAGAAUCAAUGAAAAAUUCGGGUCUCCCGAUUACUCCCCCAUUGUAUUGCUCGAUGGCGGCUCCCUGCAAACCUAUGAGAAGAUUGCUUACUACGCCAUUGCUGAAUGCUGCGUCGUCAAUCCUGUUAGGGAUGGAAUGAAUCUGGUUCCUUAUGAGUACACAGUCUGCCGUCAGGGCAGCGAUGCAUUAGAAGGUCUGCCUAAGAAGAGCAUGAUUGUAGUAUCAGAGUUCAUCGGCUGCUCUCCAUCCUUAAGUGGAGCUAUUAGGGUUAAUCCUUGGAAUAUCGAAGCCAUGGCAGACGCAAUGAACCUCGCAAUCUCGUUGCCAGAGGAUGAGAAGCAGCUGAGACAUGAGAAGCACUACAAGUACGUGAGUUCCCAUGACAUUGCUUAUUGGGCGAGGUCUUUUGAUCAGGAUUUGCAGAAGUCAUGCAAGGAUCAUUUCAUGAAAAGGUGUUGGGGGAUCGGAUUCGGAUUGAACUUUAGGGUUGUUGCGUUGGGGCCGAACUUCAGGAAGCUUUCAGUGGAGCAUAUUGUUCCUGCUUAUAGGAGGACGAGGAGCAGGCUGAUACUGUUGGACUAUGAUGGGACGAUGAUGCCGAAUAGCUCCAUUGUUAAAACUCCGAGCAAGGAGGUUAUAGAGAUUCUGAAUGAUUUGUGUUCGGAUGAGAAAAAUGUGGUUUUUUUGGUUAGCGGUAGGGGGAAAGAUUCAUUAAGCAAGUGGUUUGAUGCUUGUGAGAAGUUAGGGAUCUCAGCUGAGCAUGGAUACUUCACAAGGUGGAACAGAGAUUCGCCAUGGGAGUCCUGUGAGUUAGCUUCGGAGUUUGAGUGGAAGAGAAUUGCAGAGCCAGUUAUGAGGCUAUAUACAGAAACGACAGAUGGGUCAUAUAUUGAGGAGAAGGAGAGCGCCAUUGUGUGGCAUCAUCAAGAUGCUGAUCCAGAUUUUGGAUCAUGCCAGGCAAAAGAACUGCUAGAUCACCUUGAGAAUGUGCUUGCUAAUGAGCCUGUAGUUGUCAACAGAGGCAAAUAUAUUGUAGAGGUGAAACCCCAGGGCAUAAGCAAGGGAAUAGUGGCAAGAAAUCUCAUCUCGACCAUGACGGAUCGAAAGAAACCGCCGGACUUUGUCCUCUGCAUCGGAGACGAUCGAUCGGACGAAGACAUGUUCGAGACCUUCAUGGAGUCUCCUAAGAAACCUUCCUUCCCUGUAAUCUCUGAGGUCUUUGCAUGCACGGUUGGGAACAAGCCGAGCAAGGCAAAAUACUACCUUGAUGACACGGCCGAAGUCAUUAAAUUGCUUAAAUUGCUUCAAGGUCGUAUGACUCCUUUUUCACAGCCGCAGAGAACAGCUCCAAAUCUUCAUCUUCUGUUUGAAGGUUCUCUAAUGUCGGAUCAACUUUAGAGGAUUUAAAUUAAGUUUGAUGAUUAUACAUAUGCAUAUAUAGACACACCAAUGCCCUCAUUUUUACAUGAAAAUUGUAGAUUUAUAGUUUUAAUUGAAUGAAUCAAAUCUAUUUCUUGUAUUUAACAGAAAUU